CCAGCACUAGUCACCACGUGACGUCGGCAGCGCACGCGUACUGUGACCGGCUCGCUGCUGGAUUCACACGUACUUUUGUGACGAUUCCUUCGAUUUUACACCAAAUUCUGGACAAAUAUCGAGAUGUCGUGGAUACGAGAAGAGACACCUCCCGAUGAGAACACGUGGAGUGAGCGUUUUCGGAAAUUCUGUGCCGACGUCCUGAAGACCGGCCCCAUCCCGAAGCACGUGGCGUUCAUCAUGGACGGGAACCGCAGGUUUGCUCGCAAGAAGGGCAUGGACCGCACAGAGGGACAUCUCAUGGGCUUUGAGAAACUGGCAGAGACAUUGAAGUGGUGCAGAGACCUGGGGAUCAAUGAGGUGACCGUGUACGCAUUCAGUAUCGAGAACUUCAAACGCUCCAAGGAGGAGGUGGAGUCCCUCAUGGAGAUUGCCAGGCAGAAGUUUGCAAGACUUUUAGAAGAGAAAGAAGCCAUCAUGAAGCAUGGUGUGUGCAUCCGUGUGCUGGGGAACCUGACACUACUGCCACUGGACAUCCAGCGCUCCAUAGCAGAGGCCAUGAGGAUGUCAAAGGACAACGACAAAGCGUUCCUGAACGUGUGUUUUGCGUACACCUCCCGACACGAGAUCAGUAACGCGGUGGAGGAGAUGGCAGAAGGGGUGGAGAAGGGACUCAUCAGACCCAGUGACAUUUCGGAAUCGUUGCUUGACCGCUGCCUGUACACCAGCCACUCCCCCGACCCUCACCUCCUGGUCAGGACGUCCGGAGAGGUCAGACUCAGCGACUUCCUCCUAUGGCAGAGUUCCUUCUCAGUGUUGUCGUUUAUGGAGGUCCUGUGGCCCGAGUUCUCCUUCUGGCACCUGUGUGCAGCAGUGCUGCACUACCAGAAGAACCACCAGGCUAUCAUGAGAGCACGGGACCAACACAACCAGGAGCGAGAACAGGCGCUACGACAGGCCGACUACGACAGUGCGGUCGCCGAACUACAACAGGAGGACCCCGACAAAACCGACCAAUCAAAGUGGGCCAGCCUGCCGACGCUCGUACGGAAACAGGAGACAGAGAGGGACCAGAGAGUUCGGGAGUUCCUACAACACUUAGACAGAAAACGUGCCAAAUUCCUGGAUAGCCUAGUGCAGAAAACUGAGAUUAAAGUAUGCAGUUAAGAAAGACUGAUCGUAUACAUAUAAUUCAGACAUAGAAGUCGGACACAAAAUUAUUGUAAGAUACCUGAAUGUCUUAUUCAAUUUAUUUAAUUGUAAUAUAGAUUAUUGUGCAAUCUUUUAUAGGUAUUAAAAGUGAUGAAUAAUUUGU